GGAAGGGGCGCGGGAAGAGAGAACAAGAAAGAACGGGGACAAGAGGGCCAAGGAGAGGGGGGGAAAGCGAGCGAGGACACGAGAGGCCAAAAGGGCGAAAGGGCAAGCCGCGAAGGAAGGGGGGGAAACGCGCAGGCAAAGGGGGGAAGGAGACGAGCAAGAAAAGGAGAAGAAGCGCACCAGAGCAGGAAAGAAAGGCGAGGAGGGCAAAAGGCGAAACGGCGAGAAGAGGACCGACAGGGAAACAAGAGGGGCCAAAAGCGGAGGAGAGAGGAAGGAGCGGGGAAAAGAGAGGAAGCAAAAAGAAAGCGCACGCAAAAGGCGACGGGGGCGACCAGCGACAGGGGACAGGAAGGGCACGGCCAGGAGAGAGCAGAGGGAGCGAAAAACCCGAGCGACCGAGAAGCGCGGGAGGGAGCGAAAAGCGGAGGAAGGGGAGAGGAAAGCAAGAGGAGAGGAAGAGCAGGAAGAAAAGAACAACGCACGGAGAGCCGAGCAACCAGCAACCGGCAAGGGCAGGACAAAAGGGGGAAGGAGGCCGAAGGAGCAAGGGGCGCGCGGGGGCAAGAAAGGGAGGAAAGGCAGGAAGAGAAGCAACGACAAGAAAAAGCCACAAGGGAAAGCGGGGAAGGCAACAAAGAAGGCGAAGAAAGAAAGGGGGAGGAAGAGGCGAAGGGAGGCGACAACGGGAGAAAGCCGGGACACGGGGCAGCAAGGGGCCACACCCCAAGGGAAGGAAAAGGCAAGAGACAAAGAGGGCGAACGCGCAACAGGAAGAAGGCAAGACCCAAAGAGAAAAGGGCACAAAGGAGAGAAGAAAAGCACGGAGGAGGGACCCACGGGAGAGAAGGGAGGCAGAAGAAGCGGCAAGGGAGGAAAGGGACACCGCAAAAGGAGGACAAGGCAAGGGGGGGCAGGAGCAGCGCCAACAACGCACCCGACGAGGACAGGGGGCGGAGGGCAAAGGGAAAGGGAAGAAAAGGAGGGAACAGCGAACGCGGAGGAGGCGGGCAAGGCGGCAGGGGCGAGAGAGGCCGGCGGGCACGGAAGGGAAGAAGGGCAAACCGGAAGGGACACGCACGCGCAACGCAAAGAGCGCAAGGGCGGGGGAGGCGCGAAAAAGAGCAAAGAAAGGAAAAAGGGCAAAAGGCGCGACGGGAAGGGAAAGACGGGAAAGAGAAAAGGAGGGGCGGCAAGAAGAGGGGAAAGCAAGGGAAGGGAGAGAACACAACCGGAGAGAGGGGAGAGCAACAGGGACACAGGCAGCCAAAAGAAGGGACAAAAGGGGAAAGAGGCAAAAACCCGCAAGGGAGAAAACCGGACGGGGGAGGAGCCAGCGGGGGCGCAAGCCGCCAAGAAACGGGGCCAAGGCGACGACGACGGGAAAGAAGAAAGGCCAAGGAGGAAAAGGGGGAAAAGGGCAAGAAAGCACAGGGAGACAAGGAAGGGGGACCAAACGAAGGGCAAAAGGAAGGCGGGGAGGCCGAAGCCGCAAAGAAACAAGAGGGCGCCGAAACAGGAGACAAAAAGGCAAAAGGGGGGCCGAAAGGGAAAGACACCAAGGAGGCGAGGGCACAAAGCCCGCAGAGGAAAAGGGGAAGGAAGCCAAGAAGGGAGGCAGGGAGAGGGAGCCCGCAAACAAGAGGGGGGGGAGGAGAGGAAACCAGGGACGAAGGCCAGAGGGAAGGCCGAGCAGAGGCGCAAACAAGCGACGCCCACGGGCCAAAAAAGCGAGGAAAGGGGCAAAAACCGGCACAAAAAAGGGGGGCAAAAAGGAAAGAGGAGGAGAAGGGGGGAAGGGGGACCAAGCACCGAAACGGAGAGCAGGGAGGACAAGGGGGAGGGGGGGACCAAAAAGGACGAACACCCAAGGACCCAAAGCAAGGGGGGGACCGAAAAAGGGGGAAGGGAGGGGCAGGAAGGGGGGGACGGCGAGAGGGGAGGGCGAGACACAGGACGGGAAAGAAAGCGAGGCGGGGGAAGCGGAAAAAGAGCGAAGGACCAAAAGGCGGAGGCGGGGGAAAGGAACGAGACGGCAGAACAAAAGGAAGGGGGACAAGAGGGCGAAAGGGGGGAAAAGCGAAGAGGGAGCCGGGGGGAAGGGCGAAAAGGCAACGGGGGAGGACAAGGGGGCGACGAGCAAACAACGCACACGCAACAAGGGGGGAAGGGCACAAGAAGGGAAGCAGCGAAACGGCAAGACGAGCAACAAGCGAGCAAGAAACAAACGCGGGAAGGGCGACCCGACAGGGGGACAAGAAAGAGCAAAGAGGGGAGGCGGGCCAAAGAGGAAAGCAAAGCAAGGCAGCGGGCAAAGCCAAAGCGCAAGAAGCGACAACAAGACCGCGAAGGCGACGACACAGGGAGCGAGGCGGGCCAGGAGACCCAGGAAGGCGAAGGGGGAAGAAAGAGACACGAGGGGGGGGGAGGAGGGGGCCAGGGACACAGGGACGAGAGGGCGCAAAAGAAAAAGGAAGGGGAGCAAAAGGGGCCAGAACGACGCAAGCGACGACAAAACGAGAAAGACGGGAAAAGGGCAAAAAGCCGAACGGAGCGGGGAACAGGAGGGCGGGAAGCAAGGAAGGAAGCCGACGGCAAGGCGCAAGGAAGGCGACAGCAAGGAGCGGCCGCACGGACACCGCAACAAAAGGGGGGAGCCGAAAGAAGAAAGAGAACGCGAAAAGAAGCCGCACGAGGGAGGAGGACGGCAGCCGAGCGACCGAAAAGAGAGGGGGCGGAAGCAAGCAACACCGCGGGCGACACGCAAAAGCGAAGCGGGAGACACAAGGCGGACAAGAAGACGCCGGACGAAGGAGGGAAAGGGAGAAAACCGAAACGCAAGGAGGGCAGACGGGGGGCAGCAAAGGGGGAGGCGGAAGAAGGGGAAAACAGAGCGAAAGACGGGGGAGGAGCGGGCAGAGGAAGGAAGAGGGGGGGAGAGGCAGCGACCAGCAAAGCAGGCAGAGGAGGGAACAAGAAAGCAAGGGGGGGAGAAGAAGCAAGGCAGGGGACAGGGGAGGAAGCGCAGAAGAAGGAAACCCAGAGCAACAAAAAGGAGCAGGAAAGGGGCAAGGGGAAAAAGCAGGGAAGGAGACGGACAGAGCGGGGAAAGAGCAAAGGGGACAGGGGAGGGAGCAAGGGGACAGGGAGGGCAAGAGGGAAGGACACGGGGAAGCAAGGAAGAGCCACACGGGGAAAGCAAAAGGCGCAAGGGGAAACACAAGGGGGAGAACAAGCGGAGGAGCAAAAGGGAGCGACCGCCAACGGACCGACGGAGCAAGGAAACGGGGAAAAGCCCAGGCAACCGACAACCGGACGGGAGAGGGCGCAAAAAGCACCCGCCAGAGCGAGGAAGGGGAGAGCCACGAGAAGGAGGAAAAACAAGGGCCGCAAAGAGACAGACGGGAGGGGCGGGGGGCGGGCGCAGGGGGAGCCCACAAGCAGGGAAGAAGCGCGAAGGGAGCCAGAGGGAGGAAGGCAAGGCAAGAAGAGCGGGAGCAAGGGAAAAGAAGGGACGGAGGGGAAGGAGGGCCAAGACCGGAAAAGGACAAGGGAAGGGGAACAAAAGGGGGCGGCGGAAGAAAGCAAAGGAGGAGGGAAGGGGCAGACGAAAGAAAGCACGGGAGGGGCAAAAGGAGAGGCACAAGAAGAAGGCAGAGACGGCGAGGAAACGGGGGCACCCGGGGCAAGACGAGAAGCCAGCAGAAGAGGGCGAGCAGGAGGCCGCGGACAAGAAGGGCACGGGCGAGCAAAGGGACGGGAAAAGGGCAGGGGGAAAGGGCGGACGGGAAGAGGAAGGCGACGGGGAGACAACCGCCCGGGGGCGAGGGAAAAGGGGAGAGGAAGAAGGGCGACAGAGGAAAGAAGGCGGGAGAGGGGGGAAAACAAGCACCGAGAGCGGGGGAGGACACGCCGAGCAACGGGCCGAAGGAACGGGGGGGGCACAAAAGGCCGGGGGAGAAAACCGGGGGAGAAGGCAAGAAAAGGAGCACAGGGGAGGGGACAAAGGGAGGGGAGGAGAGGAGGGGGGAGGACGAAGAAAACGGGAGGGGAGAAAGGGGCCAAGCGAAGGCAGAAGAAGGGCGAGAGGAGCAGGAGGGGAGAGGGGAACGACGGGCGGGGAGGACAAGGAAAGCAACGCAACGAAGGAAGAGGCAGCAAGCAGGCCAAAGACACGAAAAGAGCGGAGAAAGAAAGGCGGGCAAGAGGGAAAAGCCGCAAGCAAGAGCCCGAGGAGCACAGCGGGAAGAGGGGAGAAAGAGGAGGAAGGCAAGGACGGGGACGAAACAAAAGAGCGAGGAAGGAGGGGAGCAGGACGAGACCGCACGGCAAGCCGACCAGAGAGAGCGGACGGCAGGGGGAGGAGGGGCGAGGGGCCAGGCAAAGCCAAAAGAAAGGCAGGGCGGGCGACCAAGAAAAGCAGCCGAGACCGAAAAGGAACAGGCAAGGGGGGAGGAGGGGAGCCCAAAGGAAGGGAAGGGGACACGAACGGGGGGCGCAGAGGCCAGAGGGGCAGGAGGGAAAAGCGAGCGAAAAAGGACCGCAGGGACAGGCCAGGGCGGAGGGGGAAGAGGGGGAGCAGGGGGGAGCAAAAAGCAAAACGCCAGAGCGACAAGCACAGCCGAAGCGGAAGAGAGAGCCGGCGGGGAGGGGGGGCGCGCAAAGGCGGGGGAGGAAACAACAGCGGAAAGAGGAGGGCGGGAAGGGGAAAAGGGCAACAGACGGGGGGACAAGACAAGGGCCAGAGCGAGAACACACAAGCCGGGGGACAGGCAAGAACAAAACACAGGGAGGGGAGACAGCAGGGGAGCCGGGAGCAGGGCGAAAAGAAGGAAGGAGCAAGGGAAGACAGCCCGACCGAGAAGCAAAGAGCGGAGAGGCGCACAAAACCGCGGGGGGAAGCAAGAGGGGCGAAAGGAAGACACGAGAGGGCAGGAGGGAAGGGAGCGAAGGGCGAAACGCGAGGGAAAGGAAAAGCGCAAGGGGCAGCGGAAAAGGCGGGACGGGGAGCGGAGGGAAGGCGCGGGCCGAGGGGGCGCACAGGCAAAAGGGGGCACAGCGGAACAGGGAAGGCGACAGCGAAGGAAAAAGCAGAGAGGCAGGCAGGGCGAAACCGGGGAGCGAGCGACACGAGAGGCACAAAGAAAAAGAGGAAGAGCGACACAAGCGGACCAGGGAAGAGGGGACAAUGAGGGGAGGAGGAGGGGGAGCCGGAAAGAAGAACACCGGGGAGGGGAGGGGCCAGAAGAAAGAGGCGAAAAGAAGCAAGGCGCGGGCGGCCAAGCGACAGAAAAACGGGGAGAGAGACAGCACAGAGGAGGGGCGGAACAGAGGGAGGCGCGAGGAAGGGGAGGCAGGGAAAAGCAGGCCGAGCAGCGAAAGGGGGGCGCCACAGCAGCAGACAAAGGGGAGGGAGAGAAGAGAACCGAAACGAACGAGCAGGGAGGGCAAAGGGGGGAAAGCAGGGGAAGAGCAAAAAGACCCCGCACGGAGGAAAAGGCAACAGGCAAGGGGGAGGAGAGGGGGGAAAGACACCGCCGGGCCACCAACCGGGCGAAAGAGCCACCAGGACACGCAAAACGCGCAAAACCGGACAGCGGCCAGAGCCGAAACAGCGCAAGCGGCAGCGCGGGCAAAGCGGCAAGCGCCGCAAGCGCGAAAAAGACCAAGCACAGGAGGGCGGCCAGGGGAGAGGCAAGCGCGCAACCGAAGGAAGAACACGCGACACAACGCAAGCGCACCGAAGCGAGCAGGGGGAAGCAAGGCCAGGAGGAAGGGGGGACCCGCAAGGAGGGCGCAAAGAAGCCGAAGAACGCGCAAGCGGCACAAAGAAGCAGCCAGGCACGGCAACAAAGGAAGCGCAGGAGGGGAGGGGCGGAGCCAGACGCAGGAGGGGAGGAGGAAGAGGGAGCAGAGGGGAGAGGGAAGGCCAAGGGGGGGGAGGGACCAGGAGGCCACCGGGAAGGGAACGCGCAGCACCAGGGAGGAACAAGAGGGGCACACAACCGGGGGACGGCCGAGAGCGAGGCCAGAACAACCACGGGGGGACGGAGAGGGGCACACAGAGGAGCACACGGAAAGGGGGACAGAAAGGCGGAAGGAGAAGGCGGCGCGCGAACCAAAGCGG